CAGGAGGCUGGGUCCGCGCGGGUGUCCUGCACGGUGCACGGUGGGCACUGCCCGGGUUCCCCGCAGGCUGGCCCUGCUGGCCAAGCGCUUGAUUCCCGGCUAUCUCUGCAGAACGGUGACCGGAGCCCAAGUGAGGGCCCGAGACACGCGCUGGGCUUCGGAACUGCAGCCGCGCUGACCUGGGGCUCCAGCCCGGGUCCACGCUCCUCUGGCGGUCAGCCGUGGGCUAAGGGUGACCCCGUUACCCUCCCGGCCCGGAGGCUUCAGACUGGGAGCCGCGCUGCCGGCGUCCCCACGUUGCAGUGGACCUGUGCCACGUGAGCCACGCCGCCCGCCGCUGACCGCCCUCCUGUCAGAUACCUUACACAUUUCCCACGGGGUCUCUCUCUCUCUCUCUCUCUCUCUCUCCCCCUCCCUCCCCGGAACUGUAGCACCGACCUGGGUCUCAGGAGUGGUUCUGAAUUCUAAGAUGGGUUUCCUUCAUUGGCUUUGGGGCUUCUGGAAUUGCCUGUGUAAUAUGAUUAGACGUAAAGACACAAAGGAUUCCCCUUCCGACGGUGCGGGCAGCACCUGCAAUCCGUGGCGGGAGCUGUUUUUGGAGAUGUGCAGGAUCAACGCGCUGGACUGCCCUGAGUCACCGCUCGAGGGGGGCCAGGAGCUCGGUGACUCUGUCCAUGGUACCUUCAAGCUCCUGUGGGGAACCAGGGAGCACAGCGACGCUGGCUGGCUGCUCCUGUCCUCGCUGGACAGAGUGGUGAGAGACAGAGACAGACUCAGGGAUGAGGUUUCCCGGCUGCAGCUCCGCAUCAGCGACCUCAGGGUGUCCAAGAGCGUCCUGGGCGAGAGUCUCCUCUCCUGUAGCCACAGGGCGGAGAUGGCCGAGAACCAAGCCCAGGCCCUCAUCGUGCGGCUGGCGGACUUGCAGCGGAAGCUGAACUCGCGGCCUCGCAGGGUGUCUGCCGUGAAAGUCAGAGCGCUGGUCGGGAAGGAGUGGGAUCCCGUACGCUGGGACGGGGACGUGUGGGAGGACCUGGACGAAGCUGCCGAUGCGGAGCCCCUAAAUCCUGAAGAGGCUUGCUUGCCAGUGGAGCUGAGCCUCCCGCCCCCCAACGUGGUCCCUGCCUCCCCACUCGUGGCUUCCCCCGCCCCGGCAGCAGCGGCCGAGGGCGUCAGGUCUGCAUCGCCCGGGGAAGCGGGCAUGGCUUCCCCUGGAGCAGCCGCCAGGCAGAGCCAGGCUGAGGCGCCUCAGGACCCCGCCGUGUCACCCCUCUUCCCCUGCAGACAGGUAGCUGAGCCCAGUUCUCGGCAGGCCCCUGAGGCUGAGGCCCACGGUGUGAGCCGUGAGAAGGGUGAGAAGGCGCGCUACAGCCCGAAGGAACUGCUGGAGUUUUCCGCUUUGUACAAGCAGAAGACUGAAGAGCAGGCGUGGGAGUGGAUACUCAGGGUGUGGGAUAACGGCGGGAAGAACUUAAAGUUGGUCCGGGCUGAAUUCAUCGACAUGGGCUCCCUGAGCCGGGAUCCUGCGUUCAACCUGGCCGCUCAGGGAGUUAAGAGAGGCGCUAACAGUUUGUUCGGUUGGUUGGCUGAGACGUGGGUUAAAAGAUGGCCCAGCGUGUGCGAGCUGGAGAUGCCAGACCUCCCGUGGUUUACCCUGGAGGAGGGCAUUCGGAGGCUCAGGGAGAUCGGCAUGGUGGAGUGGCUCUGUCGCCUAAGAUCUGCUCCCCUGCCCUGGGAGGGCCCCGAAGAUGCGCUUUUCACCAGCGCUGUGAGGAACCGAUUUGUGAGGGGCGCCCCAGCAUCCCUGAAGACCUGUGUGGUCGCCCUCUUCUGCGGGCCGGGCCUUACGGUGGGAACCGCCGUCACUCAAUUGGAAAACUUAAAUGCAAUGGGAAUGAUAUGAGCCCAGGGUGGCGAGGGCCAGCUGGUGGCACCUGGCCAUCAACAGCUGGCCUAGUGUAGCUGCUGUGAUGAAUGGCAGAUCGUGGUGUUCCGGAAAGGGAAGCGGGUAGGAAGCUGCCAAAUUCUUACUCGACUUGCCUAGGCAGACAAGUCCCAGGUCAAGUGAACAGAAGAAUCAUAAGCACAGAAUCACGCCCCUUCAUUGAUUCCCACAAUCGACCCAGUUCACAGACCCAGGACUCCCCGAUGAAGAGUUGGCCGAGUCCCCUUGAGGACGGUCCCCGGGACUGCUGAAUGUGUGUCGUUGUCUUUCUUCCAUCCUCCCUGCGAAGCGACCUGUGGCCUCGGACCAGGGUCGCCCUGUGUCGAGGGAAAGGAAGUGAUGAGGAGUCCGGGGACGCUGGACAGCGGCUCUGGGCGCACACUGGGUCCGGAGACCUGAAGCUUCACUGUGGCCCUCCGGUCAGGGUGGGUGCCGCAGAGUCACGUGACAAAUGGCCUUCUAGCUCACGUCCAGCUCACAGGAGGCCCGCAGACCCCUCUGGGGCCAUUUCCCCAUUCCGGGAUGCACAAGCUGAGCAGGUGAACUUAACAGCCAGCAGAAUCCCCACGUUGGGCCCUGACCUCGAGAGCCGCCUCCACCCAGGGGACAGUCGCCGGAGAGCAGCACCGGUCCCUGAGGGGUUGCAGGGGUGAGGGCCAUCGGCAGGCACUUGGAACACGCAGGGGUGAGGUUCCCCUGCGUUGCCAUUUGGCUCACCUUUCUGGCCGUGCGGAGGGCAGGUGGAUCCUGGAGAGUGGCAGGGCCUGUCCUAAACGUGCGCUGGCCGUGUGGCGGUUGCAGUCGUAGCUGCUGAGCCAGAUGUCCUGUCGCUCGAGCAGAACGGCGCAUUUCCUGGCACUGCUGUGCAGCUGGUGGCCUGGCGAGGCCGGCAGGAUACCUCCACACUCCUGCCUAAGGGCUAUCCCCACUCCAGCCUGUGCCGAAGUUCAGUUGGAAGGGCCUGGGUCACCUUUCCGCAGGACAGCCACAGUGGUCUAUUGUGUUGAUGGACACAGCGAGCAGGAAGUAGAGGAGCUGGGGCGUGGUGCGGUGGUUAAGGGGCCGCCUGGGGUGCUGCGUCCAUGUGGGGUGCCUGGGAUUGAGCUGUGCCUCCGCGUCCCAUCCAGCCACCUGUGAGUGCACGUGUGAGGCAGCAGGUGGUUACCCAAGUACUUGGGUUUCAGCUGCCCACACGGGAUCUGGGUGGAGGCCCUGACUCCUGGCCCAGGCCCGGCUGUUUUGGGCAUUGGAGGGGGCGGGGAAGUGAACCAGUGGAUGGAGGCUCUCCACCCUCCCCCUCUCCCCCCAGUCACACUUUUAAAUAAAGAAACACAAAAAAGAAAUAGCAACCAUUCUGGACUUCCUGUUAAGACCAUGUGUGGGACCAGCGCUGUGGUACAGUGGGUUAAUGCCCUGGCCUGAAGUGCCGGCAUCCCAUAUGGGUGCCGGUUCUAGUCCCGGCUGCUCCUCUUCUGAUCCAGCUCUCUGCUGUGGCCUGGGAUAGCAGUAGAAGAUGGCCCAAGUCCUUGGGCCCUGCACCUGCGUAGGAGACCCGGAAGAAGCUCCUGGCUCCUGGCUUCGGAUCGGCGCAGCUCCGGCUGUUGCAGCCAUCUGGGGAGUGAGCCAGCGGAUGGAAGACCUCUCUCUCUGUCUCUACCUCUCUCUGUAA